AUGAGGGUGGCAGGUAAAGGGGUAAAUUGCUACGUGAUAGUUUUAAAGAUGGCAUUCUGUGAGCAGAAGAAUUGUAGUGGUUGUGUCAAAUGCGCCGGCAUCCGUAUUGCCAUUGCUUUUGCUGGUUUUAUUGGUUUCUCCGCCCUUCUCGUCUUGGUCCUAUAUAUCCUGGGUAGACAAUAUGAUGUGAGUCUUGGUACCAUAUUCGGCCAAAUACGUGAUGGAUUCCGUGAUUCUAAGGCUAAACUCCAGUAA